AAAUCCCGAGGAAACGUCAUCCUUUUGGUCUCUCUCUCUCUCUAGCCGUCGCUUUCUUUAACAACCAUGCAUUCCUAUUCAAUUUCCUGCCCACCCCCCCCGCCCCCCUCUUACAGGAACCCCCACGUCUCUACCGCCGAUCCAACAUUUCACGCCUCCUCAAAAUCACUUUUCUCUCUCCGCGAUACCCGUCUAAAAUCUCUCUAACGGUAACCAACGUAUUCAUCACAAAUUAAUUUUGAUCUCCGUGAUCAGUACAAAACGAAAGGGGAAAAAAAGAGAGAGAGAGAGAGAAGGAUGAGUGUGGAUUUGGAAUCCCUAUCCGAGGCGACGUCAGGCGCGAUUGGAGCUCUGCUGAGCACAACGAUCUUGUACCCGCUGGACACGUGUAAGACCAAGUACCAGGCUGAAGUUCAAGCGCACGGCCAGCAGAAGUACAGGAACCUGUCAGAUGUUUUCCGGGAAGCAAUACGUACCGGUCAGAUUAAUUCACUGUAUCAGGGCCUUGGAACCAAGAACCUGCAAUCCUUCAUUUCACAGUUUGUCUACUUCUAUGGAUAUAGUUACUUCAAAAGAUUAUUUCUGGUAAAAAGUGGGUCCAAGUCAAUUGGAACUACAGCAAACCUAGUUCUUGCGGCUGCUGCUGGUGCUUGCACAGCCAUUGUUACUCAGCCUUUGGAUACAGCAUCCUCAAAAAUGCAAACUAGUGCCUUUGGCAAGUCAAAAGGGCUUUGGCUAACCCUAACUGAGGGCAGCUGGAGUGAGGCAUUUGACGGCCUCGGUAUCUCUCUUCUGUUAACUUCCAACCCUGCAAUUCAGUAUACGGUUUUUGAUCAACUGAAACAAAGACUCCUGAAAGCAAAGCAGAAUAAAACUGAGAACGCAGCAUCCACAGAAGCCCUUUCUGCCUUCUCAGCUUUUGCGUUAGGUGCAAUUUCAAAGAGUAUUGCCACCGUCUUGACAUAUCCAGCAAUCAGGUGUAAAGUUAUGAUCCAAGCUGCAGAUUCAAAUGACAAUGAGGCCUCAAAAGUUACGCGUAGGUCCCGCAAGACAGUGGCCUGGGCACUUUGUGCUAUUUGGGAGCAAGAAGGGGUGUUGGGAUUUUUCAAGGGACUUCAUGCUCAGAUCUUGAAGACGGUACUAAGCUCAGCAUUGCUUUUGAUGAUAAAGGAGAAGAUAACCGCAACCACUUGGGUCCUAAUACUUGCAAUGCAAAGGUAUCUGGUGUUGACGCGGGGUAGAUUAAAGAGUGCUUAGAAGUAGUAAUAGCAAAGGUAAUCGGCAUGGAUUUGUGUGAGAAUAAUGCCUUAGUUUGAGAUGAAUGUGACAGAGGAUCAUCAAAGAGCCAGGUUUCAUCUCUUCUAUGGGAAGCUCGAAAUUGCAGAGGUAACUAUCCGAUCUUUUGUACAAGAAUAACGACUCUGUAUUGUUGUGUUAAAGGAAUUAAAUCGAAUGAUAGUUCAUUUGGUUACUCAACUGGUGUUUUCCCCCCUUCUGUUCUUCAAUAAGUUUGCUCUAGAGUUCUGGACCCAUUUAAUCAAAUGUUGUAAAAUCAAAUUUUCCUAGCUUUUCCUUU